UAUACACUAUUUUUGAAUAUCUAGUAUAUCAUGAAAAUCCUUCAUAAAAUUCACCACUCAAAACACUUUAGAUAUUAUUUUAUCAUGGCUUGUACAGUCGAUGUUGAACAUGUUGAAGCAUCCGGAAACAUUUUGAAAUCUAUAUAGCGGUUACUAUUUCCGAUAUAUAUUUACGCCAAAAGAUGUUUUAUAGAAGCCGUUGUAAUAUGAUUCAUAACAUGCAAGACUAGAGAAAAUCAUCUGCCAUGCUUCUCAAUUUUUGUGACAGCCGGUUAUAUCCGAAAAUAAUUUGUGAUAAAGUGUCCGUAGAUGGACAUGAAGUGGAUAAUCUAAUCUCCGAAAACUUCUCAAAGCGACAGAAGGGGUUUCUUGGAGAAUCCUUCAUUAAACCACCCGUGUUGGUUACCCUUUCAUUUCCAUGCAACAUUGAGAUAAAACGAAUCAUUAUUAACCCGUGUGUUGGGGCUCAAAAGUCAUCAGGAAUUGAGAUAUACAGUCGGAGCAAUGAAGUGAGAUCUGGUCCAUUGUGGAGGGACGUUUCUGUAAACCCCCCAAAAGAAAAAAAUGAUUAUGAAUUUAUUGUUAGUGCCGUGUUUUCACCAAUUGGGAAGGUUCAACUUUCAAACCAAGGCUCAGUAUGUUUUGAGAACCAACUCUUUCAGUCUCUGACAGGAAAAGAAUUGCAGCCAGUUUCAGAGACCUCGUAUGAAAACUGUGUGUAUUUAAAAGGAAGAAAUUCAAGAAACUUGAAUUAUGUGAGUGACCUUAACAUAAGGAUUAUGAAAACUGCCUCAGGCAGGUCGGUUGCCAUUAAGAGUAUUGAAGUUUGGGGGCAGCCCUCACGCUCAGUGCCACAGUCAGUGAGACAAAAAUUAGGCCAGUUGUUUACCAGCAUCCCGAAUCAGGUCACCUAUGUGGAAAAAUUUCAACCACAAGAAGUUGAAAAAUUUCAACCACAAGAAGAAAAUUCACCGAAUAAAUCUUGUAUUCCUGCAGGUAGCCAGACUGUGCAUUUAGAAAAUGGGGUGGAGGUUCCGGAUGAUUUUAUUGAUGUUGUCACUUGUGAAAUAAUGACUGUUCCUAUGUUAUUACCUUGUGGUAAAAAUGUGGAUCAGUUAACAUUGGAGCGACAUAAUUCAGUGGAGGCUUCAUGGGGACGAAUACCCAGUGACCCUUUUACAGGAGUUCCCUAUGAUGACAAGAACAAGCCACUGCCAAAUGUCCCUCUGAAAGUUCGUAUUGACAAAUUUGUACUUGAAAACAGUGUGAAAUUACAGCAUAUUCCUAAAACUCUUGGCAGUAGUGCUGGAAGUUGUUCAAAGUAUGAAAGACAGAGGAAAAAUACUAGUAGACUCAUAGAAUGUGAAAAACCCUCAGAAAAUGUAAACAAUUGUGAACAACAUAAUGAAUCCGAUAAAACAACAACAACUCAGGGCAGAAAAAGGAGAAAAAUGUUUACUGGGUUUGAGAAUACUACAUAUGUGAGAUGUGGAGAGCUUGAUGGUAAGGAUUCUAGCACAAGAUCUGAUGUUAUAGUAAGUGAUAAUUCCAAAAGAGCUGAUAUAGAUCCUCCAAGGAGUAAAGAAAAAAAAAUAAAACUUGAUUUUCAGUCAUCAUCUGUGAAAUCAAAGACUCAUGAGGAGAAAUUAAAGGAGAGUAUUGAUUCUGCCUUUAGUGAUAUCUUAAGUCAGUUACCGUCCUUCACAAAAAGUAAUUCCAACGCUAGUUCCUCGUCACCUGUCAUUCAAACUCAUGUCAAAUGUUGCAGCUGUUGGGAACAAACGGAAUCUUUAUAUAGGGCACCGUGUGGACACCUGUUUUGUAGGGCAUGUGUACUAAAAGACAGCAAGCAGGGUUUGGGGGUGUUUGAUAAAGAAUGCAAGAAGACUUGGAAGUCAAAUCAGAUAUCCAAAGUUCACUGAAUUAACACUUUCAAAUUGAAUGGAAAUGUGUAUGUUAAGUGUGAAUAAAUAUACUUGCAUUUUGUAACAUGUCUCGUAUUGGGGGCUUUUCGACUUUCGGUUAAAAAGACCUAUUGUUUUUGUUCUGUUUUAUUAUUAUUAUUCUUCUCGACAAAGUUUCGUCGGCGAUGUUUUUUUGAAAACGGUAGGAAAAAAAAAUAAAUCUAAUGUUUAAUUAUUGUAGCAAUCUUUUAGUUCUCCAGUAUGUCCAUUUUGGACCUCUGGUUUAUAUACUUCGGGUUAACACAUACAAAAUACAAAAAAAAUUCAAAGGACCCUUGUAUCUUUUUUAUUUUUUGAUUAUAAACUAAGAAAUUUUGGAAUUAGAUACUUCAUGCUAUGAUAUACAAAAUUGUAAGCAACAACUUUUUCGAGAUAUUAAUAUUAGGCUUCAAACUUUGAAAAAAGGGGGAUGAAAAAAAGUAGAAAUUAAAAUAAACGACGAUUUUUUUGAAAUGAGGCAUUGGGAAUGUUGAAAUUGUCCUAAUCAUCAUAUAUUUUAAGUUUCAUUUAAAACUAUUGAGAAGUUCCGGUUUUAUAAGUAGAUAAAAAUUGUCUAUGGGAGUUUUAAUGUAAAACUAAAUUCACAUGUGUCACAUUUUCUCAGAGAGUGUUUAAGUAAAUAUUUUAUUAAAAAAUAAAUAUAUUUCAUAUUUAUAUUACAUGUAUGGGACCUAAUGCGCAGACUGGAAAAGGGUCUGAAAACGAUAUUCCGGAAAAUAAGGGAUCUUGAGGGGUCAAUAUUCAAAACCGCCCUUUAGCUGUAACUUUUUUAUUUUUCAUCAGAUUUUAAAAAUCUUUUUGGUUUAUAGGUCAAAGUGGAGAGUACCAUUUAAAAUUUAUGGUAUGAGGGGCCACUUUGUGACUCCUUAUAGGGAUUUUAAGAGCCUAAAAAUCACUACUUUUGUAAAAUUUUAAAAUCUAUUUACCGUUUUAUCCCACUUUGCUUAAAAACAAUGUAUAGAGAUAAAUACUCUUAACAUACCAAGUCUUGGGUCCGAGAAGUAAGUGUUUAUUUUUAUAGAAUUUAUUAAAAAUAUUCUUUACAAAGUUAAAAGUAUAUCUACUUAUAGAGUUUGAUCUUGAGUUAUCUUUCGUUUGACAUUGCAUUACUUACAAAUUCUUAUUAAGGAAAUGCUUAUACAUGUUAUACUAAGGCUUGAAGAAUUUGGAAAAAAAACUUAGACAUGAUAUUUCCUGACAUUCAAUAAGGGGAUGUCAAAAAGCCCCUACUUUUUGUUGAAGACAAAAAAAGUUCUAGUUGGUUCAGCUUGUACAUGGGACCUAUUCCCAUAGAAUGGUAUGUUUAUGCCUAGAAUAUCAUAACGUAUAAAAUGCAUUAAUUAUUAUAAUUAUGAAAAUGAUUUUAUUUCUUUGACUCAAAUGUAAUUGGAUAUAAAGGAGAUACUAUGUAAAGCGUAGUGCGUAGUUUACUUGUAGAAGUUAUCUCCCUUUAAAAAUUUAAAUAACUUCAAUUUAUUGAUUGUACAUCAGUAAGUGAAUACCUAAAGCUUAUGUGUUUUAUGCCGUUUAUUUUUAUUUGUUAUAUUGUUAUUAAAGGGUCAAUUCUAUUCUACUGUAUAUAAAUAAAGGCCCGUUUAACGAACCCCAUCA